UUUACAGGAUGUGAGUGAAAGAUGGAUGCUGAUCGACUGUCAGAAGGCAAAAGUAAACAUCUGAAAGUUUCCCAACUGGUCUUCUCUCAACUCUCACAUGCACUUAUUGGUUCUCCCUUCCCAUUAAUAAUGACUAAUUUGGGAAUGUAAACCAUAUUUUCUUAUAGGAGGACCUGGGUGCUCCAAACUGGAGCAGCCACUGUACCCUUCUGUUUUAUAUGUGCAGGCACGAUUUAUCCUGGCCUAGCAUGCCUUGGUUAGGAAAUGUUUUGGGGGAUAUCACACUUCAGACUGAAAAAAAAUGGCCCCAGUACUUACUAUGUGAACAAUGUCCUUUGUGCGACAACUUGAACGCUGUGGUCUGAGGGUUCCAGUGUUGCUUGGUUAGAUAAGCUGAGGAGUGAGAAGUAAUCAGACCUUCACUUGGUGGGCCCCAGUGUACUGUGCAGAGACUACUUGUACCUACAAGACCUGCUACUCGCCAAGGGCUGAUUGGGAGAAUAAUGGAAUCUGAAAAUAUGGAUUCUGAAAAUAUGAAGACAGAAAAUAUGGAAUCUCAAAAUGUAGACUUUGAGAGUGUUUCUUCAGUUACAGCUCUGGAAGCCCUCUCUAAGCUACUUAAUCCUGAAGAAGAGGAUGAUUCUGACUAUGGACAGGUGACAAAUGGUUUAUCUACUAUUGGAGCCAUGGGUCCUGGGAAUAUUGGACCACCCCAAAUAGAAGAGCUCAAAGUCAUCCCUGAAACCAGCGAGGAAAAUAACAAGGACAUCUGGAAUUCAGAAGAGAUUCCAGAAGGAGCAGAAUAUGAUGAUAUGUGGGAUGUUAGAGAAAUCCCAGAGUAUGAGAUUAUAUUCAGACAGCAGGUGGGAACUGAAGAUAUAUUUUUAGGGUUGUCAAAAAAGGACUCCUCAACAGGUUGUUGCAGUGAACUAGUGGCUAAAAUUAAAUUGCCAAAUACAAACCCUUCUGAUAUUCAAAUUGAUAUCCAGGAAACAAUCCUUGACCUUCGUACUCCUCAGAAGAAGCUGUUGAUAACUCUUCCUGAGCUGGUGGAAUGUGCCAGUGCCAAAGCAUUCUAUAUCCCAGAGACUGAAACUCUUGAAAUCACUAUGACUAUGAAAAGAGAGUUGGAUAUUGCUAAUUUCUUCUGAAACUGCAUGAAAAAGAUAAAAAGUAGUAAAAUGGCAUUGGUAACAAUUAAAAAACUUUGAAAGAAAUGAUUGUUUUCUAUAUUCUUUUUAUUAUUCUGACAUAUUUUUGAA